AUGAACUCCGUGGUGGCCGUGAUGCUCGCUGAGAAUCAGUGCGGUAGUAGUCCGGUGCUUGACCUGCCUCGAGCGCCAGACACCCCAGAGUUGGUCAACGGUUCCACGAUACCCGCCUCGUUGUGCCCCCUUGAUGGUCAAAGGUUAGAGCCAACGGGCUGCGGCACGAGCAACAUCGGUCUCCAUUGUUGGAGGAAGGAGGUAGUCACAGAAGGUUUCUAA